GCCCCGGCGCCCCGAGCCGGCCGCCGCCUCUCCCCUCCGGCAUGUUUUAAGCCCGGCCCUGCCCGCUCCCCUUCGGGCUUCCCUAGCCGCCGCCGUCGGGUCCCGUCCCGCUCGCCCCGCUCCGCUCCGUGCGCGUUCCCCCCUCGCAGCGCCGGCGGCUGGGGGGGCGCGGGGGCGGUGGGCGCCCGCGGGGGGCGAGGGCAGAAAAGCCCCGCUCGGCACCAUGGCGUCCAGCUAUGCCCACGCCAUGGACAGGCAGGCCCUGCUGCCCGCCCGCCUGGACGGCCCCGCCGGCCUGGACAAUUUACAAGCCAAGAAGAACUUCUCCGUGAGUCACCUGCUGGACCUGGAGGAGGCGGGCGACAUGGUGGCCGCCCAGGCGGAGGAGGGCGGCGGCGAGCCCGGCCGGAGCUUGUUGGAGUCCCCCGGGCUGACCAGCGGCAGCGACACCCCGCAGCAGGACAAUGAUCAGCUGAACUCAGAAGAGAAGAAGAAAAGAAAGCAGAGGAGGAACAGGACUACCUUCAACAGCAGCCAGCUGCAGGCACUAGAGAGGGUCUUUGAGAGGACACACUACCCCGACGCCUUCGUACGGGAAGACCUCGCACGCAGAGUCAACCUCACUGAGGCCAGAGUUCAGGUGUGGUUCCAGAACCGGAGAGCCAAGUUCCGCCGGAACGAGAGGGCCAUGCUGGCCAGCAAGAACGCCUCUCUGCUCAAAUCCUACUCAGGGGACGUGACGGCCGUGGAGCAGCCCAUAGUACCUCGCCCCGCCCCGAGACCCACCGACUAUCUCUCCUGGGGGACCGCCUCGCCCUACAGUGCCAUGGCCACCUACUCUGCCACGUGUACCAACACCAGCCCGGCGCAGGGCAUGAACAUGGCCAACAGUAUUGCCAACCUGAGACUGAAGGCAAAGGAAUAUAGUUUACAGAGGAAUCAGGUGCCCACAGUCAAUUAACGACUGGGGCAGCUGCCUUGCAGAAGGAGAAAACACAACAGCACCCGUCCUGCUUCGCAACCUGUCUGUGCUGAAAGAAUAAAAAAAGAGAAAAA